AUGAGUGCUAACUGGUCCAGCAUGACGGGAUCUAAUCACAACAUGAGCAUUAGCAGCAUGCUGACUUUGGAUUCCAUUGAUGAGGACGAAGACCUGGCUGACAUUGACAUCAUUCAAUUUCCUCCUAAUUACGAAAUGUUUCCUCAACCACAACAAGAAUCAUCUUUUUUUCACGAUGUGAAUCAUUCGUCUGGAGAUAUUGAAUCUGGUUCUUCUCGGUCAUCUGAUCAAUCAAAACAAAGCAAACGAUCUAGAGGAAGAAAAAGUACUAGUGGAUCAGGUUCCUCUAAGAGUCUCAGAAGGAUAAACAGAUGUCGUUCCUCUCGGAAUCUUGAGUCUGGAGCUAGUUCCGUCUCUCCCACAACCAAACAUACUUACACAAAAGAAGAGAUUGAAAAACAAGCGAUGGAUCUAGAUGAAGCUCUGAUACUUGCAGCCUAUGCGGAAAAGGCUGCCUUAAGAAUCCAAACAGUCUUUCGAGAACGGCAACAACAAAAGCAAUCGGGUAAGGAUGAUUCUACUACUGAAACUGACGAUGAGAAGGAUGAAUUGACAUCGGAUGAUGAAGUAGGGGAGGAGCCUUCGCCCGACUGGUACAUGAUGAUAUUAUUGGCAACCAUUGCCUGUUUUACGGACCUCCCCAAUUGGAUAAACAAAAUUUGGGGUUGGUUGAAACGAAUCUUUGGAGGAGACGAUUCAGUGAAUGCAACUGAUAUGCAGGCGAUGACGAAUGGGACGCCAGGGCCUGGUGGUAAUGGAGGCGGUGGCGGUGGUGGUGGUGAAGCAAUGGCGAGUCAAGCUGCAGCAUCUGCAAGUGGAGCCGCAGGUUCCGGGGCAACAGCAGGGGUCGCCGCUGGAGCAGCUGCAUCUUCAGCAGUCGCUACUGCGGCAUCAGCUGGAGCAGCCGCGGCUGGGGCCGGGGCAGCCCAAGUGGCUACCGUCGUUGCAGUCUCAACAGCUGCCGUUGCUGCUACUACAUCGAUUGUAGUAUCCCCAACAAUGGAGUCGAUCCUCUCGGCUUGUGGACUUCCAAACCCAGACAUUUGA